GCUGGUCCCACCGGGCGGUCACAGCCCCGGGAUCAGCCGCAGUGGGAGCGCGAAGUGCUGCGGAGUGAGGACUAGAGGCGGCCGGGUACGGGUGCUGUCACCGCGGUUCCAUGGUGUAAUGGUUAGCACUCUGGACUCUGAAUCCAGCGAUCCGAGUUCAAAUCUCGGUGGAACCUGAUCUUUUUUCGUUACCAUUUUUUUUUUUUUUCUAUACGUUCUAACUAUGGCCCAAAGUACCCCCGUCUCCCUUCCCUCCUGAGGUUCCCUCUCACACACAGUGUAACUUGUAUUCUCUUGGCUGCAUUUUGGGCACUCUUCUCACAAUGGUGCAAAACAAGGGAUUGCUUCCACAGGAAGGUCUCAGCGCUAUGUGACCCCACUCAGUUUGGGGUGGGUUACAGAGAAGCCACCCGGGUCCCACAGAUCUGCCCACAGCCCAGGACAUGAGCAGUAUUCAAAUCUAUUGAUUCUGUGAGAUUCUGUAAUGGUGGUCAACAUGGUGGCACUGCUCUUGCAGGAGACAGCAGCGAGAUAUUUGAGUUCAUGAGCACCAAAUAGCUUCUAGGACCAUCAAAUGCAAAGCUGAAACAGCUGAAGGGAAGGGAAAAGGCUGGAGCAUUUGUCUGCAGUAGAGUCAAAGGACAGUAUGGAAAAACCAAAGCUACCCUCAGAAUGAGGGGUAUGGAAGCAGAAGCAGCUAAAAACAUGCAUCUGUACAUAUUUGCAUUUAGUUGAGGUCAUCUGGAGGGAAAUGAGACCUGCCAAAGGGGAACUUAAAGCUGUGAAGCGGGCGAGCACAGCCCCAGGAGGGUUUGUGCCCUCAGGGUUUGUACCAGGACAACAACAGGGCUCCGCAGGCCUCACCCGCCACGGCCCUGCUGCCACCCUCAGGCACCAGGCCCUCUCCUUUCCCCUGUGCCGGGGCUGAAGACCUAGCUUGAAAAGCAUAAAAAUAGCCCUGGUGCCCAGAUGCUCAAACCGAGGCCCUUAAGCCUCGCUCUGUUCUCAGUCUGUUGGCCACCUCAGCACUCAGCAGCCGUGCGAUGAUUUCUGCGUGAGGAGAGAAACCCCCAGGCACCCACAGCAUCAGUGACUGUCUGCUGGGAGGAAAAUGAGCCAUAACCUGAUCCUUUCCGCUUACAAAUGCUUCCUGCUGCCUCAGAGCUUCCAAGAGAAGAAAACAAAAUGCUAAUAACAAAGGGACGUGGGAUGGAACCGAAUCCCCCAGCACACUGGACAAGGUAGGCUGGAGCACUGGGGUCUUGGCUCAGCCUGCAGCUCUGGACUGACUCUUUUUGUCUGCAGAUGAAACUCAAAACACCCAAGAUGUGGAGUCUGUAAGUGCUGCUCUCUCUUCUGCCCCUUUCAGAAGCUGAUCUACUGUGCAGAGUAGUGCGUUAAGAUUAAUAAUGAAUACUCUACACGUGGGGGCUUGGUUGUAUUUAUAGCUGCGUUGUUAAGGCUUCCAUCUCGCAUCCUAUUUGCAGUCCUCCUUUGAACCUUGUCAUUAAAAAAAUGUUAAUUUUGACACGAUGUUCCUCAGGCCUAGUUUCACACCCCAGAAAUGCUACUGGUUUCAAAAAAUUAAAAAUAACACAGGUUAAGUAUUUUUAGUUAUCCCUCUGUAAGCACUGUUCUCAUUUCUGUGUUUUGGGUUUUGUUUGUCAGCUAGCAGCUUGGGAACCUUUACUUAUGUUUUUCAUACGUGUGUUACUUCCUCUUGCACCAAAUUGCAGAUGCUCCUCUGCUGGAUCCAGCUCACCCUGUGUAAGACAAUGGGGCACAAGGCGAGGACAGCACCGCUUCUGGCUGUGCCAGAAAUCACCAUCCUUACACCGCUGCACUGUUAUCACUUGUUGGACUUCAAGGAGACAUCAAAAAGCAAAAGGCAUUUUUUCCCAUCAUGUAAUACAAAAAUUCCCACAGAUUGCCAUGUAUAUGAGCAGCAGUAGGGGUUGUUUCCAGCUAAGCCAGUUUAAAUGCAUUUGAUUGUUUUGAUUAAAUGCAUUCUUCAUGGUGCUGAGUGGCAAAACUGAAACAGCAGAAAGAGCUAUGGGUCUAAACAGGAGCCAGCUGACAGCAGUGUAUGAGAAUUUAAGUCUUAUAUUCUUUUCAGUCCUGGGUUAAUUUUGUUCCUGUUUAGGCAAGCAGAGGAUGAGAUUCUACAAACCCUCAGGAAAUGUCACUGUCAGUGAAAACAGUCUUGGCUGCUCUACUUCUUCCUUGUGCCCCCCUUCCCAGAACAUGCUACUGCAGUUAUGGGAUGGCCUGGGAUACCUCCUGCACCACUGAAACAUGGCCAAAAGGCAGAGGUCAGGCCUGAAAUAACAGUGGACUAUGUGCUCUGGGACUGACAGCUUUUAAUGUGAGAAAAGUCAUUCAGCACUGACAUUUCUGCUGCAUUAAUUGCCAUUAGUGUCAUCCUUGCGGGAACACUAAAUUCAUUGCAAACCUUGAAUUAAUGCUCUCUCAUAAAUCUUCAGUUUGUGCUUGGAUGCAACCAUUUGCAGAGGCAGCACGUUCCAAGCAACUGGAGCAGAGACAAGGAGUGAUACUCAGCUGGCCCUUGGAUGUUCAAUUUAGCAAAGAAAAGAAGCAGAGGUCAUAGUCAUAACUGUGUAUUUAUUAUUCUGUUCUGGAAAUUCAUGGAGCAGAUGCCAAAAAGGCCCCCGCUCUUGCUUUGGUAGUACCAAUGUAUGUUGGGCUCUCAGCUCACAGUGGCACUGUGCGUCUGAUUCUUUCCUCACACCCUCCCUUCAUCCUCCUUUUUCUUGCCUGUCACCAGCUCCUCAGACCCCAAGGGAAAUCCUGGGUGAAAAAAAUCAAGACAAAUUUAACUGCUAUAUUCAAUGCUUGUAGUGUUCCCACAAAGUCAAAGUGUUUCUGCAGUUGGAUUUGACAUGAAAGGAGAAGGAAAAAGGAUGGACAUAACGCGAUCGUAGCUCUUCUGCUUCAUUCUUUCCAUGUGCAGUUUGCAAAGUCCAUCACUUUAUACGGUGCAGUGAAGGAUCUGGAGGUGGAAGUAGCAUUAACUCAAGCUUGUCUUUGAAGGCUGUUGGCCAAAAUUCCCAUUUUCCAUAUGGAAGGAGCCACCAGUUUCCCUGGGCAGAAUGCAGGAAGGACAAAAGCAAAGCCCCACAACCUCCUCUGUUCUAUCAGAGGAGAAAUAUUUCCUGAGGGGAAAAUCCAAUCAAUACUUUGCCAUUUCCUAACAAGCCACAAAUCAUUGCAAUUAUGCAAAGAUAAUUCAAGCUUUCCAAUCCAGCUGCUAAAUUAGAGGAAAGCAAAAUCUUAGCACUCACUAUCCUUAGCUUGACAUGUCAGUCAGAAGAAAAAGCUUCAAGUAUAAAACAGAUCAACAGAAAUAAUAACAAUAAAGCCCCUCUUUUUAAAACCCUCAACCAAAUUAAGCAGUUUAUGCUGUGCAAGGAGUUCAGUUUCUCAGGUAAUUCCGUGACAGAUGAAGUAGCAAUAAAAAUGCAUGGAGUCGAUUUUUCUGAUGAUUAUUCACUUGAAUUCCAGCAUACACUCUAUUCUUUCUUGUAGUUCUACAGCUCAAAUAAGAAGUAAUGGGCCCAAUCAAAAAUACUUCCUCUAUAUCAGCCUUUUUUUUUUUUUUUCCCUAACCCUGGAGAUGGCAUAACAAAGGAUCUUGAGCUAAACAUGAACAUAUCCAGAGUGAAACCUCGUCCUGUUUCCAGAGAUCUGCAUGGCACUGAAAAAAGAGUGGGAAUGGAGCACUUGUAGAAAAAUUAACUAUCUUCUGGCAGCAUUUUUGCUAGGCCAAUAUUACAGUAAGCAGAAGGGAAGGAAUAUCUCCUGCAGCCUUUGGGAAGAGAAAUUGAAUGCAACAGACUCGAUGACUUGGUGUUUCUUAUGAUGACUUUGAAAAUGAAGUCAUCAGUUUCCUGCAUCCAUUUUGGACUCAGCACACAUCUCCUAGUCUGUCUGUUGUCUCCAGAGACAAAUUAGCAAGAUAGUACUGGCAGCCCCAGGAUAACUGCUAGCCAAGAUAUAAUUUCUGAGACAUUCUCAAAAUCUUACUCUUACUAGACCUGCACAGGAUUUUAUUUCUUAUCAAAGGCCAAAAUCUACUUGCUGAUGAUAUAUUUAACAGGAGCAUCACUACAGAUAAACACAGUGUCAUCAUCACAUUCCUCAUCAUUUUCUAAUUUUGAUUCAGUCAGCCCCAGAGAAGAAAGGAGGCAGCUUGACUUCUGUGGCUGGUCCAUUCACUGCUGAAACAACCAGCAGAGCAGGCUGGCUGUGCUCAGCAUGGCAAUGUUCAUUGUGAAGCUCUGCAAUUACCCGAGGAGCCAGGCUGUGGCUCUAAAACUUUGCUCAUUGAGAUCAUUAGAGAGUUGUCAGAUGGAACAACUGGGAUGGCUUUGAUCUGGCAAAACACCCUUCCUCCUGCUCCCCUAUCUUGGGAACCAUCCAGUUCCCCGUAAUUAUUUUUUUUUUCAAGCCAUUCACAUAACACUCAUUGUUUUUUCAUAGGGUGCAAUAAGUUCUGCGAGCAAACUGAAGACCAUAAAGCUAGAUAGAUUAAUUUAUUAAAUAAAAGUCUGAAUAUUUCAAUGACUCCUCCAUAAACAUGUUCAUAACUGAUUUUGCCAAGAAGAUGACAAAGCGUUGCACAGAAUCCCAGAGAUAUUCCCUACAAAUCCACUAGGUGUCCUACCGUUUACAAGUAAUUAGGCUCAAUUUCUAUUUAUUUAUUUAUCUGGCUAUCUGUCUGUUUAUUUAUUUAUUUUUGUCCUGAUUUUGCCAGUGAGAAAUUAGUUUGAGUCUUUAGUGGAAUUAGGUCUGGGUUUCCAGGUUGAAAUAACGCACACGUAUGGGUCGUGUGACAGCAGGGCACCUGGCACACAGCAGUAGCUCUUUUGGCAAAUGCUGCCGAUGUUUCCCACAGAGACCAGCUCAAGGUUAUAGGCUGCAAAGAAAUAGGAAAAGAAUCUACCUUCCUCUCCUGGGAAUGCUAACCAAGAUCUAUCCGAGCCUCUCCUAGAUCAACCUUGGGCUGCUAUUUAUAGGAUUGCUAAAGUGAGCCCAACGCUGACCUUAAAGGUGAUGGCAAAAUGUGUCCUUAAUCAGAGCCGCUCUGCACAGGCUGCAAUUUUGACAUUCCUGGUCACCGUUCCAGUCCCUGAUGGGUCCUGCUGCCUGCCAGCACUCGCUCCUGGCUGCAAGGCCAGCACAGCACCCGCUCACGAGGUGUCCUGGCGCUUCCAACACAGAGGGCAUGGCAAAUAUAUACCAAGAAAAGCAAGCUGUAAGGCAGCCAAAGGAUAGUUUUCUCAUCUCAAAAAUACUUGGGGUGGAGCGCAUUGUAAAGCUUGUUUCUCUGUUGUGCAACCUGCAGCACACGCAGCGCACCAAGUUGUGCUGUUUGGGACUUCCCUCAGCCACCCUGAGAUCCGGUGCUCACACCAAGCCUCAGCACAGCAAUCUUGACUUCUCUGAAGCAGUCAUCUCUCUAGCUAUAUGGAAAGCAUCGUUCAUUGCACCUCUUUCAGUCCUCAGAAAUGGGUAUUUGCAAUGUAUCAGAGGGAUGACUACAAGCUGAUUUUCUCAGACUUGUCACUGAAGCACAGAUCGCACACUGGCUGUGUAAACCCCAUAGGCUUAUUGCCUGCCAACCACUGCUUGCCAUAUUUGCAAAUUCCCCUCUAAUUCACUCUAGGUUCAGAGUGGUGCCACAUCUUCAAUUUAUUUCUAAUCUACAUGAGGUAUGCGGAGAGAAAAUUGGGUUUGUUUUCUAUUCAAAAAAUGCCAGAGACAAAGACGUUCUCAAACAAUGAGUUUAAUCUGCUUUACAGAAGUACUGCCCACAGCGACUGGCUUUGCAAAUAGGCACCAGACAAGUGUCAGCAGCAGCUUAAUCACAGGCUGCAAGGGGAAAUCAGAGGGGAGGAACAGCCUCAUGUCCUUGGCCCAUCAGGAUUCCUUGCCAUCAGGCAUUGCGCAUCACGGGAAGUGCUGAGCAUCUGUCCUGUGCCAUGUGCUGCAUUACCGCCUCUAUUUCUUGCUAUUUGUUUUGAAGGUCUGACAGUCAUUUUCCUGACAACCUGCAAGAAGAAAAGAUACUCCAAUCUUCUGGCUGCCUGUAUAUAUAGCUACCUGCUGCAAUGCCAUCCAUAGGCAGCCUGCACCAUAUGCUGACUGUGAAAGAGAGUAACCUGGCCCAGCGCGUGUUUGCUGUUAUACAUAACAAAUACCUCAAGCCUUGCCAUGAUUCAGUGCAUUAUGCAUGGGAGCCAUCUGGUCCCGUAGCUUAAGAAGCAAACUGAAAAUUUGAUAAAAGCACAAAUAAUCAUAAUAAGAGAGACUGAAAAGAUGUGUUGAUAUUCCAAGCAGGAGUCUCCCUCCACAGGGGCUGAUCUCAUCACCCAUUGCCUCUUUCCUGCUCUGUUCUUCGGAGAGCUGCUGUCAGACAGGUUGCACUCUCAGCUGUGUGAGUACAUGCACCUUUGGGAUCCUGACAAUGUGUUUCAUGUGCUUCUGCAAACCUUCUGGGACAAGAUUUUUCUCACUAGCCAGCUGUGCAGAAAGCAAACUGUGCAAAAUGUUUGUUUGGAGCGCAGCAAGUUUUAUGGAACUGGUUUAAAAUGCACUAUCAGUUAUGAUUAUUCAUUAAUAUGACUGUUCUCAUCACUGUGCAGAAUUAUGCCUUAUGGAUUUGACAGGAAGUCCUUCACAACUGGCCUAGAUGUUCUCAGCCCUGGGGUGCAACAAGGAACCCAGAGCAGUGGAGGGGUAGUUUGGGACAGCUUGGAUUUUGGCAAGAGUUUGUGCACAACUUGGUCAAGAGACAGGGUUACUAAAACUGCCUUAAUUGGAUUUUGGAGCCAGACCAAUUUCCCCCCCCUUGUGACUCUGCUUUCUGAUGUUUGGAGGGCACAGGGAAGGCAGGCAGACAGAAGAUGCCUAUUUUAGUAAGCCUCCGUGGGGAAUACACACGCUUCAGAGAGGUACGCAUUUGUUUCCUCUGACACUGAAUUAAUGGGAAUUGAUGUAUUGAUUCUGCAAUUCUUCUAAAGAUUACUCCACAGUUUGGCAUGUUUCCAAGCUGGUUAGCUGCAAUGUGCACACAGCUCAAGACAGAUAUUUAAUUAUUUUAAUAGGAAUACAGUUGAAAAAAUUGUGCUCUGUGAAAUAUAGAAAACUAUAGCAUUAUGAUCAUGCAAAUAGUACAGCCAUUCCUUUUUUAUAUGGGUUUAUUCCAUGUCCAGCUACAUUUUUUGUUGCUGUUUUAAUACAACCAACCCCUCCAAAAUCAGUUAUGAAGAUAUUUGCCACUAGUACCAAUUAAUUGUGUAAUUUUCAUUUUGUUUUUCCCUACUAAUUCGAGGGUACACUUUUCAGAAGAAGUGCAAUCUGCUGUUCUGUGUGCAUGGAGUGCACAGGAUUACGGUAGGUCUGUAAUAAAACAAGCUACCACUAUUACUGUUAAGCAAUAAUAACCCAAGACAGUCAUUUACCAGUCUCAAGGAUUUAAAUUGACUCUCUUUGUGGAUUUUUCCAUGUUUAGCUAUUUAAAUAUACUACAUGAUAUGCUCUACUUGCAGACUCUUUGAAUAUCUCUGCCAAGCGAGCUCCUGGUCCUAGGUAUGAGGCAGCAUCUUGAGCUAGGGAUGAAGUAACCGCCUUGCAUCUUGGUGCUUUGAUCAGUGGCACAGCUUUUAUGAUCUCACUAGGAAAGUUACUUGAUGUUUCUUUAUUGUGAGUGUCAGCAUGGUUCCUGAAAAUGUUUGAAGCCAUCCUAGUAUAUCAUUUAUUUUCUGGCAAAGCAGCAUCCAUCUGCAGUUUAAGAAUAGAACAUGUUAAAACUGCAUAUAAAUCUGAAGCACAGAAUGCAGAGUUUCUGGGCAAAAUUCUCCUCCUGGUUACACUUACGGAACUCUGGAGUAGUGUCUUCAUCUUUCUGGUUGUUACUCUGAAACCCAUUCUCAUUUCCUCGUGUAAGACCCAAAGCUUCUGCCAUAUACGGAUGAACGUGAUUUCAUCACAACUGUUGUAAUUUCCUAGGGAAACGUACAAUUUCUGAGGAAGUACCAAAGAUGCAUUUACGGUACAUGGGCCUCAGUGCUCUAAGAAAUGUAACGCUGCCAGUCGUUCUGUUUGUAGUUUACCACACAAACAAAAAUAUGAUGUAGGAGGAACUGCUGAACUAUCUGGAGCACAAGUGGGGAAUCUGCACUGUAUGGCUGAGCCCAUUUUUAGAAAAUAAUGUUCAGCAGCUCUUUCUUUAAACAAAGGAAUAGCUGGCUGUCAGUUGUUUGAUAUUUAUUUUUGUGUAACUCUGUUCCUGGUCUGCUCGUGCUAUAGAAAUGCUGUUCUUCCACAAGAAGACAGAUUGCCUGGGCUGGGAGCCCCCUUCUGAUUCAGGGAAGCAUGUGGUUUCCUUACAGUGCUGCUGAUGAUUAUAAUUACUAUUUAGUAUAUGGUGCAAUUGUUUUUGGCGUUUAAAACAGAGCAAAACAAAACAAAACAAAACAGUUUUGCAAAGGAAAACACAGCAUUAGGAAAAAAAAAAAAAAAGAAUUGCUAAUUAGGAAGUGGUUGACCUUAAGGAGCAAACUCCAUCUGCAGUGUUGCUAUCCAGUGUUCCUUGUGAUCAGAACAUGGAAAGAGAAACGUCCAUUAAGUAUCCCAAGAUCCUGUUGGAAAAUAAUGUCCUUCCCGUUCUGUAGGUAUUGCAAUUUAUAUCUUCUGUUCAGCAGCUGCUGGUGUCAAAGGCCAAAGGAGAAGGACAUGGAAUGCAGAGCUUGAAGUUUUUCAGCAGUAGCUAAAGGCAAAACCAUCUAAAGCUGUAGCAGAUGUUCCCUUAUUUCCUGUCUGCUUAUCAGCCCUGCAAAGGCACUUCUUCUUUGUGCUUGUUAUGCCAAGUGUAACUAUGGAGAUCUAAUACAAGCUGCGCAAGAGCGAUAACGUGAAUGGCUCCUUACGUAUUUGGUUAUGAAUGAUCAAGCAAAAAAUUAUGGUUUCUAAGAACUCCCUCAACGUUUUCUGCACACGCAGUAGUCAUAGCCUUCUCACUGCCUCUUGGAAAGCGGCAGUGCACAAAAUAAUUUAAGAAAGAGUACAUUACUGUGGCUCCAUAGAGAAUAAUUAAAUAUGAUUACUGAAUUGUUGCUCCUCAGACCUUCCUGGGAUCCUUUCUAUUCAGACCUGCCCUUCCAGCUGGGAGGGUUACACCAGCUGAACUGUAGUUGUGUGCCAUUCUUGAUGGUGUUUGUAGUCUUUACUUUAAAACAGAAGUAGAUUAGUAUCAUGGAAUCGAGGAAUCCUUAGAGUUGGAAGGGACCUUCCAACUAGAUCAUCUAGUAUCUGCUGGGAUACAUUUCUGUGGUGUAAUUCUUCACUACCCUCAGCUCACGUGCCGUGUAUAACAGCAGUGAAGACGUUAGUUUGGCCUCAGCACGUUCAUGUUUUGCUUGUUGUUCCCAGUACACAAGAAGGAGGAGCAGCAUAUCCUGUCUGUAUCACUUGGAGGUGAGCACAGUUCUUUGGGUGAGUUCUGGGGUUGGAUGCAGUAAACAUACUCAAAAAGCUAGAUAUUGCUUCUGUGACUGGGAAAGGGAAUUUUCAGGUGAAGCAUCCAAAAGUAAGGAGCAAUGUUUGGAAUUAGACGGUCAGAGAUGACAUAGUGGAAAGUGGAUAGAUGAGAUGGCUUAACAGGGCUUCAUUGUGGUCAAAUUAAUUCAGUUUAAAUAAUUAAUUCUCUUUUAAAUUGACUCUAGUCUGCACGCUUGACAUUUUGGAAGAGCUGCCAUUCCCUGUCCUUCUGGUAAACGCUUUUGCAUCUGUUUUCCAUUGUCUCCUUCUUGAAAUAAUCCUUGUCACUAACAGGAACCAUCAGCAGCAUGGAACAAAUUGACUUGCCAAGGACAUUUCCUCCAACCCCAUUAUUUAUACUGGAAGUAUUCUUUUUUAUAUUACAAAACAGACAAUGAUUUAAAGAAUUUGCCAUAUAUCAUGAUAGUUUAAUGCUGCCACUAUGAGUCAAACUCAAACUUGGUUAAGUGAGUUAUUUACAUUGCAUCAACAUUUGGCCAUACUUUUUGGAGGAGGUGAUUAAGCAGUCACUAAUGAUUCCUCAAUUCCCUCUGCUGGCGCUGUCAUGCAGAGCUCCACGCAGAGCUCCCUGCAGUAUGAAGGGUAUGGAUCAGAUGUGUCACUCUCACUCCUCUGCUGUUAGCAGAUUGAUUUGGAGAUGUAAGCAGAUGAGUUGGAGUAGUGUGGAUUAAGCAAAUAAGUUCUGUUUGUUUGUUUUUUUUUUCUUCUCAAGGUUUGUGGUCACUCUCAUCUCUUUUGUCAGCUCCAGGCUGUUUGUGCUGAAGGUGGCAGAGCUAUUAUGGCAAACGGGUACAAACAGGAGGACUCAAGAGUUCUGCAUGCAUGAGGGCUCUGCUGAGGGUUCCUUUGGGUAUGCUGGACCAAACCCUGGGCAAGCUCAGAAAAGGGUAGAAGCACGAUGUGACCUAUAUCCUCUAUGAGUCACCGCUAAGAUUCACUGUUUUUCUCUGUUUACCUCUGUUUCUGAGCAGCUGCUCACAUUUUUGAGCAAGUACAUCUUACCUAGUUGAAUGGGUAGAUGAGUAUAAUUAGAGCCCAACAGAACAGGGUCAGUAGUUGUACUAAUGUAUGGGAACAUUCCAAAGCAGUUACAGAAGAAAAGAAUUUCAGAUAAUUAAGAGAGGUGUUGGACAGUGGUACAGAUUUUAAAAGUACCAAGGUGAAAUAACAGAUACUAAAAAUAUCUAUACUGAGAUGAAACCCUCAUGAGUCAGUACUUGAACCAACUUCCACUCUGGGAAUUUGUCAUACAGUCAUCCAGAUAGAGUAGAUUACAGCAUAAUUACUUAGUCUGGUGGGUUUGCACUUACCCUUCAAGGCAUCUUCUGCUGAAAAAGAGACAGGUGUGAAUUAAUAGUGCAGUUGCAAUAUUAUUUAAUAUGUUCAGAACUAGCUGUAGCUUUUUAAAAAUUGGGUUUUUUUUUCUAGAUAGAAAAAAAUCUUUCUACCUAGAAAAAAAAUCAAAUAAUGAAAGCUCUCUGUCUUGUAUGACAAAUUCACUGAUAGCGUGGCCUGAGCUGCAUUCUUUCAGUCAAUCAGGACACAUUUUUUAAAUACCCAUGACUCUCUAGCUAAUAUUUCAGCAGUGAUGGCUCUAGCUUGCAAUGAAAUGCUGAAGUGUUACUUUUUCCUUCUGCAUAAGGUGUUUUCUGAGUAGGUGCACCAUUUUGAAAGUAUUGAAAGCACUGAAAGGAUUUAAAGUAUUUUAAUAGAAAGAAGCAUUUUGAAGGGCCGUAGAGUUUCAGAAAAGCAGUGGAGCUGCGCUACAAGAACAUCAGCUUUAAUUUGGGUCAGAUUUUCAGUUGCAGAUGUAUCUGCAGUAUCUGAUGCAUUUUCCUGGAAACUCUGCGUGGCAGUUAGUGAGAAGAGUGACCUGAUGUUUGCUCACUGCACAGAAGAACUGCUCUGUUUGCUGAUUUCAUUGAAUGAAGCACUGCUCUUAUUUCCAAAGUGGAGUACUGUUGAAGCUUGGUCAUGAGCAAAGCUUUUCUCAUGGAACAGUGUCAGACAGAGAAUAUAAAAUCUCUCCUUAGUGCAUCUUGACAGAUGUCAAUCUGACUUGUCAGCUUUCUGAAUUUUAAUGAUCUGGAUUAAUUUCCAGAUAAUAAGUAUUUAUGUAAUUGAGAUGCCUUAUAAAUGAAUAUGGAAAUGAUUCCAUAACAUUAAUUACAGGUCUUAUGACUUAAAUACUUAACAAAUUAAAGGCAAAUGGUGAGGUGGAUUGUUUUGAGUUUAUUAACUUUGUACUUUUGGUGGUUUGAUUUAUUUUAACGUGACUUCCAUAUGUCAGACAUGUUUCCUCAACCAAAGGAAACUAUGAGCUUCAGUGUAUUAAAGGAUAUGAAAGAGUAAUGAAAUUCAAAAUGCAUCAUGCACAGGAAGAAGUAAAUGCAAACUGAGAUUUCAGAACAUUUGUCUAUGAAGCAAAUAAAUUAGUUUUUCUUGCAGAAUCUCAUCUUACAUGUUGUUAGUCCGUUACUCAAAGAUGAAAUAGUUUUAAAUUAAUUAUAAUACUUUGUACUUCUGUAGCUGUUUCUCUCAAGAAUCUCAAUAGUACUCUACAAAUAUUAAUUAAGGCUAAUUGUACCCCUGAGAAGUGGCUAACUGACAGAUAUACUUCACUUAAACCAUCAUGAUAUGACUGAUCCUUAGAACAGAACACCAAAAAUUUAAAUAGCAGGACUACAUGAGGGCCUGAAGUAGGCAGUGGGGCCUCUUUGGGUACAUGGAAUGCAAUUGCUUGGUCUAGACAAGACUUGAAGGUAAACCUAAGUGCAAAAAAAUAAGGAGCUGAAAUGGGAAGUAGUCAAAAGUGGUUUUAAAUCUGGUGUAAGAGGAGGUACCCACAGCACCACAGCAUCACAUGGAAUGACUCUGGGAGAUGAAUUGGACUGAUUCAGGGAAAAGACUGCUAUUUGUAGAAAUUGCCUCCAGCUGGGCCAAGGAGCACGAGUCCAAAGGAAACCUUAAGGCUGAUGCAUGAACAGCAGUGAUAACAGUUAAGUCUUUAUUCUCACUCCUGAGGCACAGGAGCUGCUGAAAAUAGCAACAAAACAGCAAUAUCAUUCUGUAUGUUUACAGCCUGAGACUGUUACUUUUGCUGGCAAAUCUGCACGCAUAAUUUCCUUCCUGCUAUUACUCCACAAAGAGAAGCUUUUGUUAUCGUGCUUUAAUGAUGAGAGCAAUACUCAGUGCUGCACUGGACAACAGGUUGUUGCUGUUAGGACGUGUGUUAGGACUCGGACCAUCCUCGAGCAACAUUUCUGCUGUUCUAUUCUUUAAAAAUAUGCUGCAGAUAUUUGUUUAAGAGCUUCUGUUGUCUACAGGAAGAGCCACUCCAAAAAUACACUCCAGCUGUACAUAUUUAUUUGCCUACUAAUUACAGGAGAAGAGGUGUGGCAUCAUUUGCUUGAUACCCCAACACGCAGCAACACAGCAAAGCUUGAUGUUAACUGCUUUAUGAUGCACAGUCCUAAAUCUUCAGAUGCACACUUUGAAAUUCUCAGGAAGAAAAGCAUCACUGAAAAGUGAAAUGAUGAGUUUGCAUCUUUUUUUUUGUUUGUUUGUUUUUGGUUUUGUUUUUGUUUGUUUGUUUAGAAAAUAUUUAGAAAGAUUUGGGUCUCCUCUUUGGGAAAGUUUUCUUUCCUUUUUGCUUCCCAGCAUUUCUGAGCUUUUGGGAAUGCAAACUCUGAUAUAAAUACUGGCAAUAAACCCUUGCUGAGAAAAUCUACCUGCUGGAGAAAAAAUCUGCUCAUUUUAUCCAAGUGGAAUGCCUAGACACUCCAGUUAGACUUUAUCCUUGCUCAUAUACAACAAAAUUCUCUAUUUGCAUUUUGUGAAUUGCAUUUCAUGGCACACAUGACUCUGAUUCCUAAGGAACCCCCCCUGCAGUGCUUCUGCUGAGCUCAGUGGCCGCUGGAUCAGGCCCUGUGUUUGCUUCAUUUCCCCGUAUUUCUAUCUGCUUCACUAAGUACUUUAUCUAGAGAAGGGUCUGAGUCUUCUUUUUUGCAUACAUGCAUGAUAUUCUAUUGCCUCUUUUAUAAUUUAUAACCAGUAGUUUCCCUGGAGUGCAAAAGCCUUUCAGAAGGACUACACUUGAAGCAGUAAAAGGAAGGAUAACUGCACCAUUGUAGUGCUGCAUCAUAACAUUUAAAUACAUUAUUAUUUCAUAAUCUGUCCUAGAGCUUAAUCAUUGCAGGCAGGGACAGUCUCUCUAUGUCAAAAGGGAUAGAAUCCAGAUUUUCAAAUAAGCAUAUAUUAAAAGAAAAAAAUAAAAUGCUGCUUCCAGUGUCAUUCCAGCUUGCCAAAGGCUCCAUUUCAUUGCAUAAGCCUCUGGAUGUAGAUCUAUUACUGUAUCAUAAAGUGGGUUACUGGACAGGGUAAGGCAAUCCAUCCUCUGAAAUGCAGACUGUUGCUUUGCCAGUUACAUGGUUAAUACUUAUCCACUAUCAUUAUAUUUAUAGUUAUUUUUGCCAAUGUUACAGAUGUGCCAUGUCUUUUUGGAAGACAUUCUCUUGGGUUCUUUUGGAGUCUCAUUCUUCCUCCAUGAAGAUGUGAAUGAGCAGAGCACACAGCACAGCCAAAUGAAUUCAAAAUGAAUAAAAUUGGUAAGAAAAUGGGCAGAUUAAGCCCUGGAUUGCUUACUUAAGUAACUGAAAUAGUUUUGCCUAUGGAAGCCGGUUUCUGCCAGAAAAUAGUGGAAUAAUAAUAGCUUUUAAUUAUUUUUUUUCUGAGCACUCUUGAAGCCUCAUGAAUUAUAAGCAGUCAGAUCUCACAGUCCCGAGACAAAGUCUGUUAAAACUAUGUCCUAGGACAGAGAAAUUCUCAAUUCCAUUCCUGGCACUGUCCCUGACCAUCUGUCGCUUGUCCUCUGCCUUGCUUCAGUUUACCCAUGUGUAAAAAGCACUUAAAAUAAACAAAACCAUGCUUUGAAAAUGACUUCAGUACUACAAGCUAGAAAUUUGGGGGUUGCAACAUGGGAAAAAAUGAUUCAGUGUUUGCCAGUCCACAGAAACCCUGCGAGUCCCCCUGGGGAAGCUAAAUCCGACUGACAGCUCUCUACCCCAUACUUGAGAGGACAUCACGUUGAGCAUCACAUUGCUGCCCACCUGCAGUACACAUGGUGGUUGACUCAUUUAAUUGACUUCCAAUGCAUACUAAGAAUCUGAUCCAACACUGACUGGAAUUAAUAGGAACACUUCUGUUGACUUAAUGAUCUGUGGGUCAGUCUCCAUGUGUGUGCAGAGAUCUCUGCCUUGAGAUCCCCAGUGUUCCCAUGAACAAUGUUUUAGGGAAAGGCUUUGUUUGACUAACAUAUAGACCCUUUUCUGUGCAGCGAGCCUGCAGGAACUGUGCAUGCAGUGAAUGUCUCUGCCUGUACAGUAACACUAUUCACUGAUGUUGCUCUUUAUUCAGAAGCAAAUACAGCACUACAGUCAUUAUUGCUCACAGACCCUUUCACAUGUGGCAUUAUUUGAGUCUUGAUGUGGACAACUGAUGACAAGCUAUGGAGGAAAGCUUUGCAGUUAGAUAUAAGAUAGGAGGCAUGGCUUGAUAGAGGUAUUGACAAGCCAGUAAUGAAAUGGAGCACUACAAUUACAUGUGCUAGUGGGGACCUGGGGAUGAAAGUGUGCCACAGCCAGCAGAGAGAGAGAGUAGCAGGUAGAAAACAAGAGGGUUGGUGGAACCGGGGGAGAAGGAGGAGGAGAUGGAAGAACAAGAAGGACAGGAUGGAGAUAAGCAGUGUGGGUAGCUGUGAUGGUGGGAUUGGGAGAAACUACUUUGUUUGGUGUUUGUAUCAGGAGUUGCAAGGUAAGGUCUGCAUCCCUGGCUCCAAUUUGCUGAUGCUGACACAAAAUAUAAUUAAAUAUAGAUAAGUCCCUAGAGUACUGAAUCGGUGGAAGGAAAUAAACAGGUUGGGCUAUAAAUUAACUGGAACUCAAAGAUAUAUACAUAAAAGUUACCUAUUAUGUGAUCUGAAAAGUAGAAAAACUGACAUGGGAAGUUUAAGAAUGGUGUUUCUGUAAAAUUAAAGUUUCCGUUAGCGACUGAUGAGUAUUCUCAUGGAAUCUAAACUCCAGAACUAUUUGAACUAUUCAUGGUCAGUGCAAUGACUUUGUGUCAGUUUACAGGCAGCUGAAACAAUACUUAAGAGCUGAAGAAAUACUCUGGUGGGUCUGUUCCUACCUUACAGUGGAAGAUAAAAUCCAUCCUUGAAUGUGAACACCAAAGAUCUAAACAUUACACCUGCACGAAAAAUGAACAAGGGAAAAGAGCACAAAAUAUGCUGAAUAUCAAAGUUACUGACACAAGCUAAAAGAUGGACUUUAUGAUUGCUAACUAUUUGAAAGCACUUCCAGGAUUAGAAUCCAUCCAAAAUGAUCAUAGGAUGUAACACAGCGCUGCAUAAUUCAAGGAUUCUUCACAAAAUACAGCCCAGCUUGCUGCAAAUACCCAGGUACUAAGUUCUUCUUUUCUUUAUUUACUCCACCGAAUAUCGUUGAGAGAUAAAAUGUCCAUACGAGCGUGGCAAUAAAUGCAUUUUAUGCAGCAGUACGAGAAACAGGCAACGUUCUUGCAGUCCCCACCUGGGAGAGAGGUUGCCACAAUCCUCAGGCAGUGCUCUGUUGAUCAAACAAGAGUCAGACUCAGCACACAAAAAUCAAACCUGGCAGCACAAAGCUGUGUCUGCGUGUACAGGCUCGUACAGGGGUGCCUCUGCCUGGGUCGUGUCAGCCACUCCAUUUCCUACACGGCGCGUAGGAGGAGCAGCACUGCUGCUAUAAAAGGUCAUAUUAAUUAAAAAGUAGGGAGAAAAAGUAAUGUUUUGCACUUUUUAAUUUUCGUGUUCUCCUUUCCAGCCAGAUUUUCAGGAGGGAUGAGUUAGAUCUAUACGGUAAGUUUGAACGCACUUAAGCACUCGCAGCACAAAUUCAGAACCGUAUCUGACUUUUUCCCUUUGUAACAAGCCACAUCAAAACCCUCUGAGCCAAAUAUCCCUAACUGAGGGAAGCUUGAACUCCAAGCCAAAAUUGCAUGGUUGGAGCCUGUCCCUAAACAUCACUGCAAAAAUAGCACAUCAGUACAGCGUUUGGAAACAGGAGUGCGGCCCGUCGGAUGCCAGGAAAGCAGCACUCCCGUGUUCCAGCGCAGGCAGAGGCUUUUUGUCGUGCUCAGCACCAUCUUGCCGCGCCGCACUGAUCUGAGCUGCGCGUUCUUCAAAGGUUAUUUUCGUCUCAGGUUCUUUCACGGGCUUUGAUGCAGCAACGCGGUGCGGGUUACAUCAGGCCUGCGGGGAAUCCACAGAACCCGUUCUGUUUUUUCCAGGUACCCCCGCCCCGCCGACGGGCACCGCAGGUGAGCGAGGCUGGGAUGUUUGGGCCACAGAUGGGUUUCUGGUUAAUUUAAAGGCGCCGGAGAAGGAGAAGCUGUGGGACCGAGCGGGGAGGAGAGCUCUGCGCAAACAGCGCGUUGUGUUUCGGGCUGUGCUGGAGGGGUUCCGCUGAUCCGUGGAUCCCCACGGCUCGGGGAAGGAGCCGGUCCUCAGCGGGGGGAGAAAGGAGGGAAGCGCGGACCGCCGGGCCGAGCCGCCCUCCUCCGCGGCGAUCCUGAGGCGACCCGAACCUCCAAGCUCGGCCCCGGCGCCGUGCCCGCCCGAGGGGCGGCGGGCGGCGCUGUGCGGGGAACCAUCCUCCUCCCGCGAUCACGAGCCGGCGCCCGCCUCCCCCCCGCCCCCGUGACGGCCAAGAUGGCGGCGCCAGGAGGCGGCGCGGAGGGGAGGGGGGAUCCCGCCUGAGCCGCCCACACGGCGGGAGGCGGUGGAGGCGAGCCGGGCUCCGCUAGGAUGAGAUAAGGGCGCGGGGACCGAGUGCGUUUCCCCUUCCCCGCGCCCCUUCGCCGCCCGCUGCUCGGCGCCGGGGGCAGGAAGCGCCGGCGGGCCGUUCCCCUGCCCCGGGGAGCGCGGCCCCGUGUGAGCUUCAACAUCUUGUAAUGGAAGAUGGAAGACAAAGGGGCUCGUGUUGCUGACUACUUCGUUGUCGCAGGACUAACAGAUAUUUCUAAGCCACUAGAGGAAGAAAUCCACUUCAAUGAUGCUUGCCAUAAAAUUGCAAAACCAAAAGAACCUAUUACAGAUGUAACAGUGAUUAUUAAAUCCCUAGGAGAGGAAGUUCCUCAGGGAUAUAAAUGCAUAGAUGUUACUCCCUCAGGACUGUCUGCAGAUCUCAAUAAUGGCAGCCUUGUAGGACCGCAGAUCUACCUUUGUUACCGCCGGGGGAGGGAUAAGCCCCCACUUACUGAUUUGGGGGUUUUAUAUGAUGGGAAAGAAAGAGUAAAACAAGGUUGUGAAAUAAUUCAAGCUACUCCCUAUGGCCGGCCUGCUAAUAUUAGUGGCAAUGCCUCGUCACAACGGGUGUUCGUCACUUACCGAAGAGCAGCUGAAAACAUCACACAAAACACACUGGCUGUUACAGACAUAUGUAUAAUCAUACCAAGUAAAGGAGAAACCCCUCCACAUACGUUCUGCAAGGUUGACAAGAAUCUUAAUAAUAGUAUGUGGGGCUCAGCUGUGUAUCUGUGUUACAAAAAGUCUGUGGCAAAAACCAACACCAUAUCAUACAAAGCUGGUUUAAUAUGCAGAUAUCCUGAAGAGGAUUAUGAAUCAUUCCCAUUACCAGAAUCUGUGCCUCUUUUCUGCCUGCCUAUGGGUGCAACAAUUGAAUGUUGGCCAUCUAACAGUAAAUACCCUCUCCCAAUUUUUUCUACAUUUGUACUAACUGGAGCUUCUGCAGAGAAGGUAUAUGGUGCUGCUAUUCAGUUCUAUGAACCGUAUCCUGAAGAGAAUCUUACAGAGAAACAGAAGUCUCAAUUGGGAUUAGCAGCUGCUGUCGAGGGAAAGUCAGACUCGUGCAGAACAGUCCAAACAAACAAGUGCAUUUGUCUGCUCUCUCACUGGCCUUUCUUUGAUGCUUUCAAGAAGUUUCUUACCUUUCUGUAUCGUUACUCAAUUUCUGGUCCGCAUGUCCUGCCUAUUGAGAAACAUAUUUCUCACUUCAUGCAUAAAGUUCCUUUUCCAUCCCCUCAGAGGCCAAGAAUUCUGGUGCAGCUGUCUCCGUAUGACAACCUAAUUCUUAGCCAACCUGUAUCAUCACCCCUUCCACUGAGCGGGGGCAAAUUUUCUACACUACUUCAAAAUUUAGGACCUGAGAAUGCAGUGACCUUGCUUGUAUUUGCUGUGACAGAACAUAAAAUUCUCAUCCAUUCGUUGCGACCUUCUGUCCUUACCAGUGUGACAGAGGCAUUAGUCUCUAUGAUAUUUCCUUUCCACUGGCCUUGCCCAUAUAUUCCUCUCUGUCCGCUGGCACUGGCAGAUGUAUUAAGUGCACCAUGCCCAUUCAUAGUGGGAAUUGAUUCCAGAUACUUUGAUCUCUAUGACCCUCCACCAGAUGUUAGCUGUGUUGACCUAGAUACCAAUACCAUUUCUCAAACUGGAGAUAAGAAAGCUAUUGCAUGGAAGAUCUUGCCGAAGAAACCUUGCAAAAAUCUGAUGAACACUUUAAAUAACUUGUAUCAGCAACUGGCAGUGCAACAAAGGCCAAGAGAAGAUGCGUUAAUGGAGUUAGCAAUGAAUGACUAUGAUUUUAAUUCUGGGAAGAAAUUACAUCUGUUAGAUUUGGAGAUCCAAGAAGCAUUUCUUUGUUUCAUGGCCUCAAUACUGAAGGGUUAUAGGUCUUAUCUGAGGCCAAUAACAGAGGCACCCUCUGAAACAGCCACAGAUGCAAGUUCUCUCUUUGAACUACAAGGUUUCCUCAAAAGUAGAGAUCGCUCACAUCAGAAGUUUUAUACGUUGAUGACCAAAACUCAAAUGUUUAUUCGUUUCAUUGAAGAGUGUUCUUUUGUCAGUGAUAAGGAUGCAAGCCUUGCAUUUUUUGAUGACUGCGUAGAUAAAGUAGAUAUGGACAAAACUGGGGAAACACGGCUUAUAGAGCUGGAUGAGUCAUACAAGAGUGAACAUACAGUUUUCAUAACACCACCUGAGAUCCCUCAUCUGCCAAACGGCGAAGAGCACCCUCUGCAAUACAGCUAUAAUGGGUUUCCAGUGUUAAAACUAGAUUUGUUUGAAAGACCUGAAGGACUUCUCACAAUACCAAAUAACAAACUGUCCUCAAAAGCCAGUAGUCCCAACAGCCCAUCACCGAUGUUCAGAAGAACUAAACAGGAAAUUAAAUCUGCACAUAAAAUUGCCAAGAAGUACUCAUCCAUACCACAGAUGUGGUCCAGGUGUUUGUUACGUCACUGCUAUGGUCUUUGGUUUAUCUGCCUUCCUGCAUACGUGAAAGUGUGCCAUUCAAAAGUCAGGGCCCUGAGAACUGCGUAUGACGUUCUGCAAAAAAUGCAUACGAAAAAAAUAGAUCCACCUGAUGAGGUUUGCUACCGAGUUCUCAUGCAGCUGUGUGGACAGUACGGUCAGCCAGUGCUAGCAGUGAGAGUGCUUUUUGAAAUGCAGAAGGCUGGUGUUGACCCUAAUGCCAUUACUUAUGGCUAUUACAACAAGGCUGUUUUAGAGAGCACGUGGCCUUCAAGCAAUCGAGGUGGCUAUUUCCUAUGGAUGAAGAUAAGAAACGUUGUUUUAGGAAUAGCACAGUUCAAAAGAGCAUUGAAAAAACUGCCGGCAAGUUCAUCACAUACAGCUCUUCCUGGAGGACUUUCAGACUUGGGCAGCAACACAUCAUUCAAAGAUGAAAUCAGGCAAGGAAAAACUUGUCUUCAAGAUAUACAAGAACAAAAAGAGGACAAAAGAGAGAGUGAUUCCAGUUCUUUGUCUGAAGUGGAAAGUGCAAAAGGGAGUGGUGACUGCCUACCUAAACUCAAUUAUCUUAACUCUAAUAAUGACAAAGCCACUUCUAGCAUAGUGCGGCUCAAUGGUACCAUUGACAACACAGUGGCAGAAGCUAGCACUGAGAGCUCUGUAGGAUUGCUAUUUACAUCAUCUUUUGAAGAUGCCAAUGAAGCAGAAGUUAUAAAAAGUAAAUCCCUAAGAAAGAGACAUAAAAGUGCAGCAGAACCUGACGUAAGGGAGAUUCCAUGGGAGCGCAGGAACCGUAACCUGAGCGGAGAUGGCUUGGUGGGACUCAUCAAUAGAAUAAAUCAGGAAGCAAACCCUGGAGAAAUGGUUGAAAAACUAGGAGCUGAUGCCAAAAUCCUAUCCAGUGCGUUACAGAAAAGCAUAAGGCCAAAAACUCUUAAUAUCAGAACUUCUUCUUUAGGAUCUAAGAGAGAAAGUCUGGAGAAAGAAUCUAGUGAUGAAGAUGCAGCUUUUGACUGCAGUUUUACAGAUAAAACAGAGUCUCCAGUUAUCUUUGAUCUGGAGGACUUGGAUGCUGAGCCUGAAACAUCUACAACAGUGAAGACUUCCAAUGAAAAAUCUAGAAGACUGCAAAGAAAGAGCAGCUUUCCAGUAAAGCCAGUUGAAAAGACGGAUGUUGAAACAGGAUUUGAUCCACUGUCCCUGCUUGUUGCUGAGACAGAACAGCAGAAAGAAGAUGAAGAAGAGGAUGAUGAUAGAAGUGCUUCAACUCCAUCUGCACGGCGAGAUUUAGCUGAAGAAAUAGUCAUGUAUAUGAACAACAUGAGCAGCCCUGUGUCAAGUCGUGCCCCAAGCAUUGAGUUGCAAAAACCCUUUGAUGACAGAAAUGUUAAUAAAAAGAGCCCAACAAUAAUCCAAGCUUGUAGGAGGUCCAGCCUUCCCCCAAACUCACCAAGGCCAUCAAGUCUUAUCAAAUCCAAGAGUUAUCACUCAAAAGCUGAAGAAAGAUCAAGAGACAGGCUUUGGUCCUCUCCAGCUUAUUCCCCACACAGUCCAGCAAAGGAGCAGGAGGCAACUGGUGCACUUCCACUUGUGUCUUCCCCAUCCUUCAACUUGGAUACACUGUUAACACCAAAGUUUGAUGUUCUAAAAAGUAGCAUGUUUUCUGCUGGAAAGGGGGUUGCAGAGAAGGCUAGCAAGUGGUACUCGAAAUUUGCAAUGUACGCUGCAUCCUCAAAGGACCAAAAUUCAGACCGAGCAAGUGUUUCAUCACUCGGAGCUCUGGACUCAGAAUCUACUUCAUUAACUGAUGAGGAUGUCUGCAAUGACUUCGAAAGCGCUUCUCCUCAGGAGAACACUACAUCAGAAAUAAAGGGAAUUGGCCUCAGCAGGACAAGCCUGGAAAGCUCAGCUUCCCAUGAUGGCUCAUCAAAGCAAUUUGACCAGUGUGGCUCUCUUUCCAAGUUUCCUUUACCUGACAAAUCUGAGUUGAUAUCUUCUUGUAGCACCAGCAGUACCAGUGUGUUUCAGAACUACGCUAUGGAGGUCCUUAUCUCAAGCUGUUCACGAUGUCGAACUUGUGACUGUUUGGUUCAUGAUGAGGAAAUCAUGGCGGGUUGGACAGCAGAUGAUUCAAAUCUCAAUACCACGUGUCCUUUCUGUGGCAAUUUAUUUCUGCCUUUUUUAAGCAUAGAAAUCAGAGACCUUCGACGACCUGGACGCUAUUUUCUGAAGUCCAGUCCAUCUACAGAAAACAUACAGUUUCCAUCUCUUCAUUCAAAUCCAAGUGGGAAGUCCUGUAAUACUGCAGCUACUGCUGGUCUAACUACAUCUCUAAUGUCUGUUCAAGGGGAUAUACAUUCAGAUAGUAAUUCUAAGCAGAGUGACAAUACUUGUGCCAGAAGUAUCCAGAUCCCCUCAGGAAGAAGACAAAAUACUUCUGGGUCAGAAUGUACAAGUCACCCUGUAGCAAGGAGUAUCAGUACUUUUGGUCCAUUGGAAGAAGAUGAGAAGGAAAACCAGAAGAUCAACCAUAUCAUUCCUACUGGUAGCCUGCCUGCUACUUUGCAAGGACCAACAGAUCCCUUGGGCCUAGACUGGCGCUUACCUAGUCCUGAUCCUAUAACUGUUCCUUACCUCAGUCCUCUAGUAGUAUGGAAGGAGCUUGAGAGCUUACUUGAAAAUGAAGGAGAUCAUGCAAUAACAGUGGCAGACUUUGUAGAUCAUCAUCCAAUUGUAUUCUGGAAUUUGGUAUGGUACUUCAGGCGCUUGGACUUGCCUAGCAACUUACCAGGAUUAAUACUGUCUUCUGAGCACUGUAAUAAAAAUUCAAAGAUUCCCCGAAACUGUAUGUCAGAGGACAGUAAAUAUGUUCUUAUUCAGAUGCUGUGGGAUAACAUGAAAUUGCAUCAGGAUCCAAGGCAGCCUCUGUAUAUUCUGUGGAAUGCUCAGAGUCAAAAUCGCACUCUUUUGUUUGAGACCCAGAAGUAUCCAAUGGUCCAUUUGUUGCAAAAAGAUGAUGACUCUUUUAAUCAGGAACUCUUGAGAAGUAUGGUGAAGAGUAUUAAGAUGAAUGAUGUGUACGGACCAAUGAGCCAAAUAUUGGAAAGACUGAACAAAUGGCCACAUAUUAAAAGACAGAGGAGCCUGUAUAGAGAAAUACUGUUUCUUUCUCUUGUUGCCCUGGGAAGAGAUAACAUAGAUAUAGAUGCUUUUGACAGAGAGUAUAAAAUGGCCUAUGAUCGUCUGACAGCUAAUCAAGUGAAGAAUACACAUAAUUGUGAUAGACCACCAAGUACUGGAGUGAUGGAAUGCAGAAAGAUCUUUGGAGAACCAUAUCUUUAAAUAUACCUAGAUGAAAAGCUAUGACGUAUGCCUGUGUAAAAUAACCACUUCAGUCAAAAGGAACUUCUCAGUCUUCAGUGUUUGAGAAUGUAUGUACGAAUGUACCACAGCAGAAGGCCUUGGAAAAGUGGGGCCUAUCUACAAUUGUGGCAAUGGACAGAGUGAGAAACGGGCCAAAUAUUGUUUCCUUGUCCCUAGCCUUUAUGCAAAUCAGUGUAUAGAAAGGAAGAUUCUAAACAAAAUCAAUUUUCUAACUUAGGACAACAUAUUACAUUUCCCUUGUUAAAAUAUAUAUAUAAAACAGGUGGGCAGAAACAAUGCACUAAAACUAACGUGAGCGAAGUAAAUUCUUCAGAAUCUAUUGUUUACAUAGAAUAUUCAUGAUGUUAUGAAGAGCAUACAAAGUUGUAUUAUACAUAUUUUAAAUUGUUUAUAGUAAGUUGAUAUUUUUUUAUUUUUUUUUAAAUUACUGGAGUGAAUUUUAAAUGGACUUGCUGCAUAAGCAAUACACUGCUUAUUUGUUUUGCAGGACACUGCUAUUUAUAGUAACUUGUCCAGUUACUUUUGAAGAGUGAUUUGUUUUUAAAGCAGAGUAGAAAACGUAAACCUUCACCUAGACAGUAUGCUAGAUACAGGAUUUCUCUCAUGCACAUAUAGAAAACGUAUUACCACAGCAGUCAGCAGGAAGGUAUGGUGAAAAGCUCCACUAACACUGAUAUAUCUGAUAUAUAUAUCUGUAAAACGCUCUGUAGGAAUCCCUUCCUCUCCUGUUUCCCUCACUCCCUGCUCCAUAGAGAGAGUCUAUAGCAUAUUGAGGAGUCCAACAGGUGAUUUUAUGGCAUCAGUGCAUCUCAGCAGUUGACGUUUGCUACGUGACCUCGUUACAGAUGUUAUAAAAAACAAAUGACAGCAUUCAAGUUCUUCAUAAAAAUGCAGUGAUCAGUAUCUUGGUGGAUGUGUUUGAAACACACACUAAGUCUGGUGAGCACGUAAUGCUAAUCCAAAGCUUUUAACUUUUCUAAAGUAGGUAAAACAACCUUGCUACGGGGAAAAUGUGGGGAGUGUAACUUAUCGAGGCUUAUUGUGAAUAGUAAAAUGUAAUUUGAAUGUCUUGUCCUUGUUUCACAGCAAAACAGCUGCUGCUUUUCUCUAUGAAGAACAACACUCUGUCAGUCCUUGUGGUGGAGUCAUGACUUUUGAAGUACAUUUUUUUAUUUAAGAAUGGUCAAAAAGCAUUUUACUUUUAGUCACAUAGCAGCUCCGCACUAGGAAGCGGAUAUUGAAAAUAUCAGAAGUCUUAUAUGGAGGUGGGAAAAGAGCCAUUCAAUUUCUAUAAAAUGCCCUAAACAAAUUAAGCAAAGCUUUAACAAACACCUUGUUUUCUUUAAUCUUCAUGGUUCCCCGAUUCUUAUUGGUUGUUGCCUUUGUAAUGCUUCUUAAAUAUUCACUUGUUCCAGUAGAUUAUAGGAUUUGUGUGUCUGCUUACCAGCAGGAAUUUUUUAAAAAAUCUCUUUAGUUUGCAAGUGUAGUAAAGCAGCAAUAUUAGGUAACUAGAAAGGAGAUGAACUUUAAAGUUCACAUUUACUUUACUAAAUUAAAUAGUGAGCCUCUUAGAGGCUUAAAUGAGAAGUAGUGCUACUGUACUGCUCUCUGUAACCUCUUCCCAGUCCACUGUAAAACAGUUAAACGAUGCUGUCCUAAGGAUAAAGGAUUUAAAGUUUUUUAGAGCUGCAGGUAUAUGCUGAUGCUAAUUGCAAGAGGCAUCUUUAUGUAAAUGCAGUCUUGCUGGAUACAACUGUCACGGGGUAAUUCCUCUUCUCUAUUCUGCUGCUAACUAUGUAGCUGAGGUUUUUGGGUUUUGAAGUUUCCCUCACCCUGACGUGGAGCUAGCGAUGUUACACUUAGCAACAUUUUUCAUGUUUAAUUUAUUUUAACAGUUUGUGAAGCUCUCAUUCAUGCUGUCCCACUUGUAAAAUAUUCCUCAUGCAUGAGCCACUGCUACUUUUUCACCCAAGUACACUGUAAACUCUGUCAGUGUAGGGUGAACAUGUACCCGCUUCAUUCUUAACUAUUGUGAAAAAUACCAGAUUAUUUUAUAACAUAUUCAUCGUAAGUACCUGUUAGUGUGCAUGUAUGCUCUGCUCUGUACAGUAUCUACACCGUAUUUACCAAGUAAAAGUAGUGUAUAUAGAUUCAUACAUAUUUGUGAUGUGUACAGUGUAGUGUUCCAAGCUCUUUGCAGUUCUGUUUCCCACAUCAUUCACCACUUGGGGCAGCCAGUGUUUUAUAGGACCUUCAAGCCAUGAAGGAAGGCAAGUGCUUUUUCCAGAGCUACUGUUUUGUGUUAGAGGUACUGAGCUAUGAAGCAAGCUUCACACUUUCUAUUUCAGUCUGGCAGGAGCAGCUGAGCCUUGUCUCUAACAGCCUCUCGUGUAACAGGACGUUACGCUGCAACUGCGUGCGCCUGCACAGGGAUAGAUUCAACACUUGUAAUUUGGCCCCCAUCCUCCGUUCUAGUCCCAGCUUAGUUGUAAGUAUUUCCAACAGUCUUUAACAUUUAUAAAGCCAACCAGUUUGCCACUUCAUUCAGAUGUCAGCAGUCCUGUCAGUAUUAUCAGAAGAGUCUGUACUGUAUCAUGAAAAGGAUUCGUAUAUGCAUCAUUAAAACAAUCUUGCAUCCUCAGAGUGGCACUCCCAAAGCAUUGCUUUAUUUGGGUGCGCUUUUAAAUUAGCGUAUCAUGUAGUAUUCCAUCAAGUGAAAUCAUAUACUGAGUGAAUUGCUUUAUAAAGUCUGUUGCAAGUCAGUCCACUGUAGAAACAUUAUCGGAAGAUGUAAUUGGAGUACACUCUAAGUGGGAAGUUAUCCUCAUUCAUAUCAUAAUGAUGUUCAAAAUGUAGGCCAUGGGUGAUAAUUUUUAGGCCUCAUGUAGUUCAAUGUUGAAACAGUUUACAAAUCUCACUGUCCUUUAUUAGAAAAGCAAUUUGAGUAUAUUUUCCAAUACAGCAAAGAUGGAUAAAUAUUUGAGACAUAUUUUCAAUUUAAGAUUUUGUAUGAACUGAAUUUUCUCCUUUUGUGUAGAAAAUAAUGCUUCUGUCAGAACCUUAAACAAAGGUUUUACAUUUGCAGUGCAAUAUAUAUUUUGCUUUACUUAUGGUUCUACUGGAAAAAGUAUUCGAGAUGAAAUAGUGAAAUAUGAAUAGAAAUGGUGCUGUUCCUCUGACACUGCUAGUUCCCAUUUUGAGGCAGUUUGCUGUUGGCACACUUACAGCCUGAUGGAUUAGACUUCCACUGACCAGUUAAGCAAUUUAUACCCCGAGGAAGAGGUGAUUCCUGCAUAUGAAAUCAUAUGCAAACUGGGAGAUGCAAGUAGUAAUAAUAGAGAAGGGGAUUUCUGGAUAGUAUCUCACUGCAAUUUGAAAAUGGUACUUUGUUAGUCUGCAAGCAGCACUUUUAAAUGAAUGGUUGUAGAUUUGUAAAUAUGUAAUGUUUAAUUUUUAUUUACCAAAAAUACAGUAUGUUGUAUGUUUGCUUUGGUUUGUAGUUCCUUUGAAAUAUGCAAGUCAGUGUUCACAACGUCAAUUUUUUUGUCUCAUCCAAAAGAGUUUUACAGUGAGUCAAUAAAAAUCUUAAAAUCUU